GGAGAGAAAGCCAGACCGACAGGAGUCCUCCUCCUCCUCCCUCGAGAAACAUUUGGACUCCAAAUUUUGCAGAGCUAGCCUCCCAGAGACAGAGAGAGAGAGAGAGAGAGAGAGGGCUCUUUGGUUCGAUCGAUACGAUGGCCACGGACAAGCAGAGAGGGGACGAGGAGGACGCGUCCCGGGUGGCGCUGCUGCACGCCGACGUGAAGAAGGAUGAGUGGCAGGUGGCGGCGGCGGCCACCGGCGACGACAAUAAUCUCGGGCGGAGGGUGUGGGAGGAGUCGAGGAAGCUGUGGGUGAUCGUGGCGCCGGCCAUCUUCAGCCGCGUCGUCACCUACAGCAUGAACGUCAUCACUCAGGCCUUCGCGGGGCACCUCGGCGACCUCGAGCUCGCCGCCAUCUCCAUCGCCAACACCGUCGUCGUCGGAUUCAACUUCGGCCUCAUGCUGGGCAUGGCGAGCGCGCUGGAGACGCUGUGCGGCCAGGCGUUCGGCGCCCGCAAGUUCCACAUGAUGGGCGUGUACAUGCAGCGCUCCUGGCUGGUGCUCCUCAUGUGCGCGGUGCUGCUGCUGCCCAUGUACUUCUUCGCCGAGGACGUGCUCCUCCUGACGGGGCAGCCGCCGGAGCUGUCGGCGAUGGCCGGCCGCGUCUCCGUCUGGUUCAUCCCGCUCCACCUCUCCUUCGCCUUCCUCUUCCCGCUGCAGCGGUUCCUGCAGUGCCAGAUGAAGAACUUCGUCAACGCCGCCGUCUCAGCCGCCGCGCUCGCCGUCCACCUCCUCGUCAGCUGGCUCUUCGUCGCCAGGCUCCGGUUCGGGCUCGUCGGCAUCGCGCUCACGCUCAACUUCUCCUGGUGGGCCACCGCCGCCAUGCUCUUCGCCUACGUCUCCUGCGGCGGGUGCCCCGAGACGUGGCACGGCUUCUCCUUCGAGGCAUUCGCGGGGAUGUGGGAGUUCGUCAAGCUCUCCUCCGCGUCGGGCGUCAUGCUAUGCUUGGAGAACUGGUACUACAGGAUCCUAAUCUUGCUGACAGGAAACCUCAAGAACGCGGCGAUUGCAGUGGAUGCGCUCUCCAUCUGCAUGACGAUCAACGGGUGGGAGAUGAUGAUUCCGCUGGCAUUCUUCGCAGGCACCGGGGUGCGUGUGGCGAACGAGCUCGGCGCCGGCAACGGCAGGGGCGCCAGGUUCGCCACCAUUGUGUCGUCCAUCACCUCGCUGGUGAUCGGGCUCUUCUUCUGGGUGCUCAUCAUGGGCCUCCACAACAAGUUCGCCAUCAUCUUCACCUCCAGCUCCGUCGUGCUCGACGCCGUCGACCACCUCUCCGUUCUCCUCGCCUUCACCGUCCUCCUCAACAGUAUCCAGCCCGUCCUCUCAGGUGUGGCCGUUGGGUCCGGUUGGCAAUCCAUGGUGGCCUACGUCAACAUCGGCUGCUACUACCUCAUCGGCAUUCCCCUGGGCAUCCUGCUCGGAUGGCUCUUCAACCUCGGCGUGCUGGGAAUCUGGGCGGGCAUGAUCGGCGGAACCGCCGUCCAGACGCUCAUACUGGCCACCAUCACGGUCCGCUGCGACUGGGAGAAGGAGGCCGUGAUCGCGAGCACGCGCAUGGACAAGCUGUCGCAAGUUCGGUGAUGGCAGAGCAGGAUCUGGUGUACAUAUACGCACCCGUGAUUUCCUUCAUCCCUGCGAUCGUACGUGUGUCGGCCUGCACCGAUUUUUUGCUGAACGGAAGAACAAGAAGAAGCUCAAGGGAAGCCGUGUAACGGGAUGGACGGUUGCCGGAGUGAAGAUGGAGGUUGGCUUGGCCCUAAUGCCUGAUCUGUUGGCUUUGCUUGUUUCACUGAUUUCUGUAACCAUCGUCUUCUGUGGUUAGGCGAGAACAUUUCUCGUCUUUGCACUAGCACAACGUGCGAGCAUGUCCCAUCCAAAAGAAACUAAAUAGCAUGCCGAAUGGAUUUUCCAUAAAGGAAAAAAAAUCUGAAAUGUUUCUCUCCC